AUGAGCGACGCCCCUUCCAGGGGCUGUUCCACGCCCCGCCGCCUUCCCUCGGACGCGCCAGUCCCGACCCCGCGCGCGCCGGGGGUCGCGCAGCCCGUGGUGGCCAAGCGGAUCCGCGUCUACAAGAGCGGGGACCCGCACUUCGGCGGGGUCCGGGUGGUGGUCAACCCGCGGGCCGUGAAGACCUUCGAGGCCCUGCUGGACAGCCUGUCGGGGAAGGUGCCGCUGGCCUUCGGCGUGCGCAGCAUCAGCACCCCGCGCGGCCGGCACGGCAUCACGCGGCUGGAGCAGCUGCAGGACGGCGCGUCCUACCUGUGCUCGCCCGGCCGCCAGGUGCGGCCCCCGGACCCGGGUCCCGCGCGCCCGCCCCCUUCGCGCGCGCCCCUGGCCGGCCCGCCGCGCGCCCCGGCCCGCCUGCUGGUCUUCAGGAACGGGGACCCCCGGACCCGGCACGCCGUGCUCCUGUGCCGGAGGGCCACCCGGACCUUCGACGCGCUGCUGCAGCACCUGACGGACGUCGUGCGGUACCCGGUGGCCAGGCUCUACGCCACGGACGGGAGGAAGGUCCCUAGCCUGCAGGCCGUGCUCCUGAGCUCCGGGGCUGUGGUGGCAGCCGGCAGAGAACCCUUUAAACCGGCCAACUAUGACGUCCAGAAGUACCUGCUCCCUGCGAGGGCACUCGGAGUCACUCCCCGAGCGUUUCCCAAGGGGAAUGCCAGGCCCGAAAAAAAGACUAGUGGUUGGAAAGUUACCAUCAUCACCAGUGACUUGCCAAAUGCAGGUACCAGCUCUCAGAUUUAUAUUGUGCUGUACGGACAACACAGAAGUUCAGCUCCCAUAUAUCUCUACGGAACAGAUGGGGCGCAGUUCCAGAAUGGCCGUGAAGACAGUUUUGCUAUCACAGUGGGAGACCUUGGCACUCUCUCUAAGAUCCGUAUUGGUCACACCAAUUCUGGAGCCUCCCCUUCGUGGCACUGUAAGGAGAUACAAAUGUGCAACAAGAGUUCUGGAAAGCAGUUUUAUAUUCCCGUGCAGCGAUGGUUUGCACGAGAUCAAGAAGAUGGAGAAAUCUGCCGAGAAUUUCCUAUUUUAAAUGAAGGAAAACCUACUCUUCCAGUGAUAACAUAUGAAGUGCAUGUGACAACUGGUGACCUUUGGAAUGCUGGAAUAUCAGCAAAUGUCUAUAUCUCUAUCUAUGGAGAAAAGGGAGAUACGGGAUGCAGACAACUGCUGAAAUCAAAGAACUCCUUGAAAUUUCUAAGAGGACAAACUGACACCUUCUCCCUGGAAACAGUGUACCUUGGGACUUUGUCUAAGAUUGCCAUAGGUCAUGACGGACUUGGCCCAGGAAAUGGCUGGUUCCUUGAGGAUGUCGUGAUUAUGGAUCCCACAACAAACCAUGAAUAUGCUUUCUUCUGUCACAGAUGGUUGGAUCAAGGGGAAGAUGAUGGUAAAAUUGCCAGAGAACUGUAUGCCAGGGACAAUGGUAUUAUCUACGCAAAACAGAAGUUAGAAGUGAACAGAAAAGAAACAUGGGCUGCAGAAGGCUGGAAGUUUGCAAAGGGAAACACACUUCAGUUCUACAACAGACUCACUGAGGGCUUUGUCCGUCUACACCCAGAUGGCACAGUUGAUGCAGUUGGAGAGAAGGCAGACAAAUAUGGCCUCUUUGAUGUUAUUUUCCACAAAGGAGAUAUAUGCAUUUUUCAAAGUCAUGAGAUAAGGCACCUUUCACUUGCUCUUGACAAUGGCUCUGUCACUGGGAUGGCUGCCGGUGGGCCUUCGGCGGAGCUGCGGGUGCUGCACCAGCCCAGCCGCGGGGCCAUCCUGGAGUCUGCACGGGCUCCCGGGCACACCAUCAUUUUUGAUCGCCAGGGCAGAAGAGCUGAUGAAUCUUCAGGGGGCUACGCAGACCUUUCCAAAGAAUUUGUGGUGUUUGUCAAGGGUAUAUUUCUCAACAGUGCGGUGAUUCUGUUGGCUACAAACCUAUGCCAGGCCCUGUGUCUUCGGUCUGACGGGUCCUGCACCGGAGUGGGAAGUCAAUCUGAAAACUCGUACUGGAAAGUGCAUAAAAUCAGCUCCGGCGUUUGCAUGUUUGAAAGUCUGAAGCAGGCCCGGAUGUAUCUGCGGAUUAAGGAUGGCCAGUGUGAUGGAACGGGAACAGGAGACAUUGACUGCCACUUUAAAAUUAAGAAGAACUUAGAAAAUGCAUCUAUCAGCCUGGAAUCGGUGAAGAGCCCAGGGUUGUUUGUUGGACUUCAACCUGAUGGAAAGACAAAGCCAGUUGUUUAUACUAAGGAUGCGAAUGUUUUCUUUUUUCCACAACUCAUCAAAUUUGGCAGAGAAAACCCAAUGGGUAUGUCUGCAUCAUCUAACCAAGAGCUAGGAAAGAGCCAUGAAUCGAAAAACCAGCAAGAAAUGCCAUUACAAGCUGAGACCAAAGAUUCCAUGCUUUCAACUGCAAAAGAAAUCAGGAUUUCACAGAAGAGCGAGACUUUCCUGUCAGAAGAUGAGUGGAAAGUGUUAGUGCUGACAGGGAACACAGGGACGCGAGCCAAUGUCACCCUUUGGGUGUAUGGAGAUGAAGGUGUCGCUGGACCAAUCAGUCUUAGCAAGGAUGACCCUGAGAAGCCCUUCCUCGCGCAGCAUGAGGAUGAAUUUCGGGUUGAGCUAAGGAACAUUGGAGCAAUAUAUAAGAUAAGGAUUGAACAUGAUGGAUCUAGUGAACAACCCGAGUGGUGCUUAAAGAGGGUGACCCUGCAACAUCUGAGAAGCAAGAAGGCCCUGGAUUUUGUGGCCAAUGUAUGCUUAUCUCGGAUCCGAGCAGACGGGGACAUUGUCUGUGAGCUUCCCGUGGUUAACAGAGGACAAGCCGUGUUUCCAUUGGUGAGAUACCAAGUGGACGUCCAUACUGGGGAACUGAAGCAAGCAGAAACGGAGUCUGAAGUUUUCCUGUGUCUCUAUGGGGAGAGAGGAGAUUCUGGCCUUAGGCUGCUGCGCCAAUCUGACAUGCCUGCAAAAUUUCGAAGAGGACAGAAGGACACAUUUCACAUCGAAGCAGUGUCGCUCGGGAAACUGCAGAAGGUGCUGCUGCGCUGUGAUGCGACGGACAGAUCCCAGUAUUGGCACUGCGAGAAGGUCGUUGUGCGGGAACCUGGCCUUGCAGUGGAGUCCGUCUUCCUGUGUGAGAGAUGGCUUCCCUUUAUGUCUGCGGGCAUAAUUCAUUCAGAAAUUGAACUUUAUCUGCAAGAAAUGCAAAUAAAUCAUCAACCUAAAAUACAAGAGGAAGCAAAUGAAGGAGAUUGGAGGGUGACUGUUCUCACUGGAGAUCACGAGAAUGCUGGUACCACAGCCACGGUAUUCCUUUACGUCUAUGGAGAGACGAGAUGCUCAGGGCCCAUUAUUUUGGGGUCCGGAAGACACCAGCUGUUUACUCCCAACACCGCAGAUAUUUUCAAGAUUAAUCUUAAAGAUGUUGGUGAAAUCUAUAAAAUACGAAUUGGACAUGACAAUAGUGGGCAGGAUCCCAGGUGGUAUCUGGAAGAAAUUCGACUAGAAAAUAUAGACACAAAUGAGCUGUUUUAUUUCCCUGUUAAUUCCUGGAUAGCUGAAAAUGAAAAUGAUGGUGAUCUAUGGAAAGAAAUGCCCAUUGUGAGAACUCACAAGGCACCGUUGCCAGUGGUGGUUUACAAUAUCUACAUGCUCACGGGCAGGAAGCCGGGUGCAGAGACAGAAUCUAAUGUAUUUAUCAACCUCAUCGGCACCAGAGGAGAUUCGGGGAAUCGAAGGCUUCAUCAAUCAAAAAAUAACAAAGUCAAGUUUCGGCGUGGUCAGGUUGAUAUAUUUUCCAUUGAGGCUGUAACUCUUGGAAAAUUGAAGAAAGUUGUAAUAAGCCAUGAUGGAACUGGUCCAGGUAAUGGAUGGUUUCUUGAGAGCGCCAUUGUUCAGUCUGAAGAGGAAGAUGACAGUCAGCUUGUGCUGUUUCACUGCCACAGGUGGCUGGAUGAGUACCAAGAUGACGGCAAGACUGAGAGGGUACUACUCCCAGAAAGUAGUUCCAGCAUCAGCCCUUGA